UCGCUCUUAACGAAACCACAGCCUUAUUUGUUGAGCGACGAUUCGUCAGCUGUUGUUAUUUAUGUAUUUCGAUAGUUGUUGACGAAUUAUUUGGAAUCAACUUUUAAUUACUCCUAGGUAUAUCGAUGGAAUCUGAUUUACGAAUUAAAUAAUUUAAAAGCUAAAAUAGAAAAAAUGUUAUUAAAUCUAAAGAAAGAACAACGUGAGCAUUUGCAGUUGUUGCACCAGCGGUCUCCUGAUGAUAUUGUAGAGCUGUGCAAGUCUGCUUUUGAAUACUUGAGUUACGGCCCCAACAUUCCACGCUAUCAGCAACUUGCCAAAAAAAUUGUUUCAAAUCCAGAAGAAGUUCAGCAUGCAGUUGAAGCACUUAUUGCCUUGCUUAUUGAUGCUACUAAGGCCAAUGCUAGUGAAAUUGACUUAAAACAAUUGCAACAAGAGGAAGGCUAUAAUGAUAACAUUAUAGAAGUGCUAACUCAAUUUGUGCACAGCAAACAUCACUUUAUCGAGGGAUCCAUUAAGUCUGCGAAUAUACGAGCAUAUCGGUUGGUAAAUAUUGAAUGGCGAUUGGAGGUACGUAUAGCAACACGCAGUCUUUUAAGACAAAACAGUAUACGCGUAACAAUGAAGUUAUUUCUACAUACCGAACCUAAAAAUGAAAACAGAGAUUUGCUAGAAGUUGGCGAGCAGCAAGCAAUUCAUCCGGACGAGCAACGAAACCGAAAGGAUCUGCUUGUGCAGACAGAUUUGAGUAGCCUGGUGUACAUUAUACAAGUAUUAGAAAACGCUCUUUAUGAAUCAAAGAGUAGACGCAUACGCAAUAUAGUUAGUGCAAUACAUUAAAUACAUUAAAUGUAC